GGUGCUCAAUAUAACUCCUGUGAGCAUCAGCCCCACCCGAAAUGUUUGCAAGGGACUCAGGUGGAUCUCCUCAAACAUAUCCAUGGAUUCCUGGACAACACAGAGAAUAAUAAACUCAUUUGGCUACAUGGCACAGCUGGCAUUGGAAAGUCUGCCAUUGCAUUUACAGUAGCUGAGAAGAUGAGAGGUCUAAAAAUGACCAAAGAGACGAAUGUCAAAAAGCAGCUAGCAGGAACAUUCUUUUUCUUGUGCAAGCACACCAAACAUUGUACAGCUGGAUAUUUCUUUGCGACACUUAUCUACCAGCUUGCCACCAAUUUUCCAAGUAUCCAGCAAGGUGUGAACAGAGCCAUCCACAACAACCCCACUCUACUAGACCCAGACACACCUCUCUGCAACCAGAUGGAGGCUUUCUUUCUCCAACCCCUCCGGAAACUU